CCUCUUUGCCACGUUUGUUUACGUUGGCUUGUCUGGGGGAAUUGCAUCUACACCAUCUGUCUAUCAUGAUCCGUAGCGAACCACCCACUACUUCAAAUAAGCCCCCUUGAAACCUCUCAACAUCUUCAUCUAUCUCAAAUAUAGUACAGCCUCGAUUAAGCGGUUGAUGUUGCUGUUGCGUAUGCCUCCGCGUGCGUUUGAAGGAUGAGUACAUAGUACCGCCCCCAACACAAGUAUAGCCGCCGCCGCAGAACUACGCCAUCGGGCGACUUGCAGGUGGCGUUUCAUAGAAACGAAAGUUCCUCGAAUCGCAGGUGAGAGAACUAGAGAUGAAGUGUUGGUUUGAGGUGGAGUGUUUUAUAUAGUGCUGGGUUGGGUGUUGGAUAGUGUGUUAGCAAGAACAUUCAAAUAUAUAAUGUUGUGCGCUUGCUUGACGUUGCGAGGUCUAGGAAGAAGACUCCUUGAAUCCCUCUGAAAAACUACUACUUCGAACAGGACCUUUGUUGACUGUAAGACUAUCGUUUUGUGGCUCCUAUCCGCUUCCUUAAACCCCGCUGUUAUCGACCCUCUUUUCCCCAGCCUGCAUUGUACCCCAUCACCAGACUGGGAAAGAAGGUAUUCAGCAUUCCAAACUUUCUCAUCUUCUCGAACAAGGAUAUUCUUACAGAUAGAAUGCUCGCAUACACCCCAAACUUUCCACUAUCAAUCAUCGCUACCAUCGCAUGUACAGGCGUCAGCGCAGCGUAUGGGUGGUUGCUCGUCCGGUACCGAGCGUGGCUGCUAUGGAGUGUACUCGCUGGAUCUUUGUUGGAAACGACAGGUUUCAUAGCCCGCACCAUCGCAGCGAGAAGCUCGAACGAUGGUGGAGCGGUUCAUCGGGUGCAGUUCAUUCUUCUCCUCAUAGCACCAACCCUCCUCUCAACAACCUUCCUGUCCAUGUACGCUAGAAUAGUUCUCUGCGUAUCCCCCGAACCCCAACGUACGUUCCGCAGCCGCGCACUCUGGCUUCCUCCGAAAUACACCGAAUCUUUUCUCGUGGCGUUCAACAUCCUUUCCCUAGCUGUUCAGACCAUUGGCGCCGUCGUCUUCGCUGGCGCGGGCCCAACCGAGAAGCAGAGAAAUGAGAACGGGCGUGGCAUCAUACAAGGGGGUUUAGUGAUCCAAAUUCUCUGUUUCGCUUUGUUUGCGGUUUUUUGGGUGAGAUUCAUGGUUGUUGCGAAGAGGUGGAAAGGGGAUGUUGGGAGUAGGGCUGAAGGGAGGUGGAGACAGCUUUGUGCCGUCGUGUUUGGGGGGUUGGUGAUUGUGCAGAUUCGGACAAUCUUCCGCCUUUUCGAGUUCGAUGAUUCGCGUAAUUAUGUUUCUUCUCAUGAAUGGGUGUUUUGGGUUUUCGAUGCGCUACCUGUUUUAGUUGCUUGCGUAGGGCUUUUCGUUUUCCACCCGGCUCGUUACCUUCCUAUUGAAUUUCUGAAGAUCUGGGUGCGCAGCAAUUCAUUGAGCGAUGCUGAGAGAGAGGCAAGUGGUAUUAUUCUUUGAGGAAUAUAUGGUGAUAGAGCGCUUCUUCCUAUCUGAUGAAUGGAGGUUUCAAUUAAGUUAUUUCUGUUGGAGUAACGCGGAGAAGCAAUUGGUGUGGAACGGAGAUGUGCUGUGGCUGAGUAUCUGUAUAGAUAUAGUUAGUAACGGAGUGCGUUGCUUCUAAUACGAUUGUCUCAACCAUUUCCAUUAUCUGUGCCUACAGGACCCAUGGUGUCGGUUAACCUCUGAAUUCCUGUACGCGACGGGGCGUAUAUCUAAAGGAUUCCCAGUCUUUCCGAUCCCUCAAGAGUUCUGGAUCCUCGUCACCAGCGAUUGCAGUC